AUGCUUAAUAUCUUUAGCUCGGUCUGUAUUUGUAUUGAUUCUGCCCUUUAUUCAAGUAGUUUUUUAUUGGCAAAAUUACCUGAAGCCUACGCUUUUUUGAAUCCAAUUGUAGAUUUUAUGCCAGUAAUACCCUUACUAUUUUUUCUAUUAGCUUUUGUUUGGCAAGCUGCUGUAAGUUUUCGAUAA